AUGACAUCCAAGAACAUAUCAGUCGACAUCCUCAUCAUCGGCGCCGGUCCAACAGGUCUCGGAGCAGCCAAACGCCUUCAUCAACUCGGUGGCCCAUCAUGGCUGAUCGUAGACUCCAACACCAAAGCCGGCGGACUCGCAACGACCGACACAACUCCUGAAGGAUUCCUCUUCGACGUCGGCGGCCACGUCAUAUUCUCGCACUACUCUUACUUCGACGACGUCCUCGCCGAAGCCCUCCCUCUUCCGACAGACUGGUACACGCACCAACGCAUCUCUUACGUCCGCUACAAAGAUCUUUGGGUGCCCUUCCCUUUUCAGAAUAACAUCUCCAUGCUCCCGAAAGCAGAUCAAGUGAAAUGCAUCGAAGCAUUGAUCGAUGCUGCGCUUGAAGCGCGAGUAGCGAACUCAAAACCGAAGACGUUCGAUGAGUGGAUUGAUCGGAAUCUAGGAAAGGGGAUUAACGAUAUUUAUAUGAGGCCAUAUAAUUUUAAAGUUUGGGCUGUGCCGACGACUAUGAUGCAAUGCUCCUGGCUCGGCGAACGUGUCGCCGCUCCAAACCUCAAAGCCCUAACCACAAACGUCAUCCUACACAAAGUCGCCGGUAACUGGGGUCCCAACGCAGUGUUCAAGUUUCCAGCUCGACAUGGGACGGGUGGGAUAUGGACUGCUGUUGCGGACACACUACCUGACGCCGCAAAAAGGCUUGGUCCUCAGACAGGGGCAGUGAAAAGUGUCGAUGCAGCCGCAAAACGUGUCGUUCUAGAGGAUGGGACGGUGGUCAACUACGGAAAGCUAAUUUCGACAAUGCCGGUGGAUAGUCUCGUGGAGAAGAUGGGUGAUGAGAAAGGAGUAGAGUUUGCGAAGGAUUUGUUCUUUUCGAGUACUAAUGUGAUUGGUGUUGGGAUUCGGGGCCAGAGGCCGGAGCGUAUUGGAGAUAAAUGCUGGCUCUACUUUGGCGAAGACAAUUGCCCGUUCUAUCGUGCGACCAUAUUUUCCAACUAUUCGCCUCACAAUACCCCUACAGAAGACGUCAAACUCCCGACAUUGCAACUCGCAAAUGGCAAACCGAGUCCAGACAAAAAGCCUCAAUCUGGUCCAUACUGGUCCAUUAUGUUGGAAGUAUCCGAAUCCGCAUUGAAGCCGGUUAACCAAGAAACAAUCGUGGCCGAAAGUAUCCAGGGCUUAGUAAAUACCGAGCUCCUACGCCCCGACGAGGAGAUAGUGAGCAUCUACCACCGCCGCUUCCACCACGGCUACCCAACACCAACCAUUGCCCGGGACGCAGCGCUCGAGAAAUUACUCCCUCAUCUCGAGAAACAAGACAUUUUGUCUCGCGGCCGAUUCGGCUCAUGGAAAUACGAGGUUGGGAAUCAGGAUCAUUCGUUCAUGUUGGGUGUUGAAGCGGUUGAUAGGAUUGUGAAUGGUGGCGUGGAGUUGACGUUGAAUCAUCCGGAUUUUGUGAAUGGGAGGGCGAAUACGGAGCGGAGAUUGGGGAGAAAUUGA